UUCGCUGCAUUGAAUUGCACGUCUUCAUUUCAGUGGGACAAUAACAGGCAGCAUCGGCUAAUGAAUGACUCACGGACCCGUGCAAUUGUUUUGUUUGGUUACCAAGCAGCAGCAGCACUACAGACAUGACAUCAGUCACAUGACGCAGUCACGUGGUUAUCAGGAAGCUGUGCUCUGUUUACCUAGGUGUCAUCCAUACACUGCGACACCGAGCACCCCCUUUUAUUGAGAUGAAAUCCGGACACGCUUUAAUGACAUGAUUUCACCCGCUGCUCGGUGUUUGUGCCGGUAACGGCUUCCUCCAUCUUUCCAUCUGUGAUCGCCCACGCGUCACCAUGGCCUCUUCAAGUUACACCUGCAUCCAGGACAGCGCCACAGAGAAGGACAAGCUGCUCUCCUCUUUGGCCAGCUAUGGGUCCCACGACCUUCUUGGGGGUGGGAGCUCCCGUUCCACUGGUGUGGUGGUCUCUGAGCUCCACCAGAAGCAGGAGGAAGAGGAGGAGGAGGGGGCCCUGAGGAGGAAACUCAAGUACUUCUUCAUGAGCCCUUGUGACAAGUACUACGCCAAGGGCCGCAAGCCUUUCAAACUGGGCCUGCAGCUGCUCAAAAUCAUCAUUGUGACUGUGCAGUUGGUGCUGUUUGGACUGAGCAACCAGAUGGUGGUGACAUUUAAAGAGGAAAACACAGCAGCGUUCAAACACCUUUUCCUGAAGGGUUACCAGGACAGCGUUCCUCAGGCAGUCCACACGCAGACGGAGCUGUACAACCGCAUCCACUUUGCCAUAGAGCAGUACAUGGCUCUGCCUCAGAUCUCACUGGGGAGGUACGCAUACGUGUUGGGAGUCGGAGAAAACGGAACUGCGCUGUCCCUCUGCCAGAGGUACUACAGGAAGGGCACCAUAGACCCCGUCAAUGACACCUUCGACAUCGACCCCCAUGUUGUCACCGAUUGCAUCUGGCUGAGUCCACUGAAUUACAGUCCUGGAAACAUUGACUACAAGAAUUUCACUCUCAAGUUUUACAAGUUGAUAAAUGUAACAAUCGACUUCCAGCUGAAGGCCAUCAACAUUCAGACCAUUAUAAACAAUGAAAUCCCUGACUGCUACACCUUCGCUAUCACGAUCGUCAUGGACAACAGGGCUCACAGCGGCAAAGUUAAGAUCAGUCUACAUAACCAGGCCUCCAUAAAGGAGUGUAAAGACCCCAACGUGUCUGGACACGCGGAGAGCUAUGCACGAGAGUUCUUCGAUGUGCUGGUGGCGAUUGUCUGUCUGUUGUCCCUGCUCCUGUGUGGCCGCUCCAUCCUCAGAGGCAUCCUGCUGCAACACGAGUACGUGCAGUUUUUCAAACACAGACUUGGCCGCAGUGUGAGCUGGGGAGACAGAUUGGAGUUCAUCAACGGCUGGUACAUUCUGCUCAUUGUCAGCGACGUGUUCACCAUCGUCGGCAGCUUCAUCAAAAUUGGGAUAGAGUCCAAGAAUUUCUCAUCCUAUGAUGUGUGCGGUAUCCUGCUGGGAACCUCCACUCUGCUGGUGUGGGUGGGAGUCAUCCGCUACCUCAGCUUCUUCCAGAAAUACAAUAUCUUGAUUGUGACUCUAAGAGCUGCUUUUCCUAAUGUGAUCCGCUUCUGCUGCUGUGCGGCCGCCAUUUAUUUGGGAUAUUGCUUCUGCGGAUGGAUCGUACUGGGGCCUUAUCAUGCCAAGUUCCGCUCCCUGUCCAUGGUGUCGGAGUGUCUGUUUUCUCUGAUCAACGGGGACGACAUGUUUGUGACGUUCGCUGAGAUGGAGCAAAGCGGCACGCUGGUGUGGAUCUUCAGCCAGGUCUACCUUUACACCUUCAUCUCCCUCUUCAUCUACAUGGUGCUGUCGCUCUUCAUCGCGCUCAUCACCGGAGCCUACGACACCAUUAUGGCCCAGACACAGGAGCAGGUGCGCGUCACUGACCUGCACGCGUUCAUUGCAGAGUGCACGGACACUCCCACCUCUGGCAAGUUCCGUGGGCCUGAGGGGCCGUCGUGCUCGUUCCUCUGCUGCUGUGACUGAUGAGGAAGAGGAGGACGAGGAGGAGGAGGAGGAGGGCGGGGAUGCACAGAGGGAGUAAGCGGUGUAUGUGUGAAUGGAAGACUUUUUUUUUUUUCUCUCUCUUUAAAGCACCAAAUUUCCACUCCAGUGAUAGCUGACUGCAAUUUCACUCCUUUUUUCCCGACACCCAGCAGGGACUGUAAAUGCCUUGAGAGUGAACCGACUGACCUUGGACUACAGUGUCCUCUGUGCCCGUGUUUGAAUUUUGCAUUUAAAUUUGUGCUGGAACGGUAGAACGCACUUCACUGUCACAAGCCCAAUUACCUGCUUCAGCUUUUGUACCGUAUGAAUAAUUUAUUGUCUCUUUUUGAAAUGUCAGUUUGUUAUGGCUUUGAUGAGUAGGCGCAUUAUGCCAGUAAACACGUUCAUUGCUGUAGACUGGACACAGGGUCCACCAAGUAAAACUGAAUGCACCAUAUACAGGGAAACAUUAUUUUUGUGACUCUUGAUUAUGUUAAUAUAUAUAUAUAUAUAUAUAUAUAUAUAUAGUUGUCAUCUGGAUCUUCAUAGCAGAGGUAGAAUAGACACAAGAGACAGCCGGGCGAGCUGGUAAAAAGAGCCAUCAUAAAGUGCUGUAAGUGUGCAUUAGCUUCUGCAGCAUUGUCAGUCAAGGCUGGUUCGUCCAUUCCCUUUCUCAUUUUUCACCCCUUAUCCCCUUUGUUCAAGUCCUCCUGUGACUGGAAGGAGAUGAUGGCUGCACAAGGAAGGACAAGCCCUGCAGGCAACCAGUUAGUCAUCAAUAUGUAUGAGCCGUUUCUGCUGUAAAGAGCCAGGUGACUGCACGCUAAUGCCCUGCAAGACAGAGCAUUUUCACCAUUUGGUUUAAAGUGCUCCAUUCAAGCAUGCAAAAUAAUAUUCUAAAGAGAAAAUCAGGAUUCAAACAGUGUCAAGUGACGUUUGAAGAAAAGUCUGCCGUAGUAGAAAAUUUUAGGAUUUACACAUUGUGCUAGAUCUGCAGUAACUACAGGAACUAAUGUUGAGAUAAAAGGGUUUGAAGGCUUUCAGCUUUCAGACAGGUUGUAAAACCUUAAUAUUAUGUAUUUUUUAUGCUGAUUAUUAAUCGUAGUAUCAUAGACUUUACAUAAAACCUAAAUGCAUUUUAAUACAAUGCACUCAAAAUGUUGUGAAUAUGAAAAUGUAGUCACGUCUUUUCACUACAGUGGAUGGUUGCUAAGCUAGGCUAGUAAGAAUUUAGCAGGACUAAUUCAUCUGGUGUACCUUUUUUUCUCCAUUAUGAUUUUAGAUUUAGCUACUGUCUUAUUUAUAGGUUAUAAAAGAAUGUGGGUAAUUAGCUUUAGCUAAGGCUGUUACACCAGCUACCUUUAACUAGCCACUGCAGUUUGGUUUUUACUUGUGAAUUAUUCAUGCUGUUUUUAUCCCAGAAAAAAAAAAAAGGUAUAAUAGGUUUUAUGGAAAGGUACGAUGUCAGAAGUCAGAUUCCUCACUCAGCUCAGUUUUAAGUGUCAGACUUGGACACUGUCAUUGCUCUGACACUGAAGCCUUGUGUACGAGGUUAAUAACUCAUUCAUUUUAUUUGUGAAUGACUUAAGGGCAUCUCUACAAACCAGCAGUUCUUCAUCAACGCUUUUUAAAGAUAUCCCUGUUACUAUGGAAACUUACUGAAGUGGUAAUGUCAUUCCAGCGAUGCUGUGUAAGGUCAAAUGAAGGGCAUUGUUCAAUAGAAGAGAGACAUUCACUGUACAAAAAUUUGCAUCAGGAUAAAAGGGAACAAAAGGAUUUCAGAUGCUACACGAAUGUUUGAUGCUUUUGUAUUUUCUUUUUUUUUUUGUUCUAUUACUGCUUUCUGACAUGUUUACUUAAAUUAAUUGAUAUUGUUUACAAACACAACAGGUGGAGCAUGUGUUUUCUUUUAAAGAGGGUUUAUUUACGCACUUACUUAUUUGCACUGAUGUACAGCUUCGUUUUAUUUAAAUGUGUCACACGGGAGCCAUAUAGCACAAUGGAGCAUGGAGCAAAGCACUGUGCACGUAAUGCAUCGGUUAAUGUUCUCCUGACACUUCUGGGAAGGUUCUUCAAUGCAAUUUUGAUUUAGUGGGAACAGUAUUAUUGCUCACUAGCUCUGUUUACUUAUAUUCUGUAUGCUGUCUUAAUUAAUUUACCUCAAUAGCUAAAAGGAGUUUAUCUGUUACUGUAUUGGAGGAAGUUGUACAGGUUUUUACCCUCAUUUGUAGUGAAUCUUUUCUGUGAAGAUGCUGCCUUCUGAAUGAAAGUACACAUCAAAAUAAACUGGAAACACUGAAA